CAGCACUGUCGUGUUGCCGGAAGUAAAUCUCACACGGAUGAGGAAGAGCCUCAGCGUGCCUGCAGCUCUGUGGAGACCCAUGUGAUAAAAACUUCAGCCUGAACAGAGAAAGUGUCAGUGAUAUUAAAAGAAUUCUUCUGUAUAUGCAGGAGAAAGUCAGCAGACAUGCCGAAGAAAGGCAAGAAGGAGACGAAGGUGAAGGGAGCGGAGAAGACAGCUGCCAAGAUGGAGAAGAAGGUUUCAAAGAGGUCCAAACGAGAUGAGGAGGAUCUGGAGGCCCUCAUUGCUCAGUUUCAGAGUCUGGAUGCAAAGAAGACCCAGGUAGUAGAGACGAAAUGUUCUCCUCCAUCACCCAGACUCAGCGCGUCUCUCUCUCCUCACCCUGAGAAAGAUGAGCUCAUCCUGUUCGGAGGAGAAUUCUUCAACGGGAAGAAGACGUACCUGUACAACGAUCUGUAUUUCUACAACAUCAAGAAGAAGAGCUGGGUCAAAUCAGAAAUUCCCAACCCUCCUCCCCCGCGGUGCUCUCACCAGGCGGUGGUUGCACCACAGGGUGGGGGUCAGCUCUGGGUGUUUGGGGGGGAGUUCGCCUCUCCAAACGGGGAACAGUUCUACCACUACAAGGACCUAUGGGUGCUGCACCUUGCAACAAACACCUGGGAGAACAUUAAAGCACCUGGUGGUCCGUCAGGCCGCAGUGGCCACAGGAUGGUCCUCUGCAAGAAUCAGCUGCUGGUGUUUGGAGGAUUCCAUGAGAGUACCAGAGAUUUUAUCUACUUCAAUGACGUCCACUCUUUUUCCUUGGACACCUACUCCUGGUCCCGCCUCGCUCCACAAGGACUCCCCCCCUCCCAACGCUCGGCCUGUCAGAUGACCUCCACUGUUGAUGGUACAGGUGUCAUCAUCUACGGGGGAUACUCUAAAGUGAGAGUGAAAAAGGACGUGGAGAAGGGGACUAUCCACUCUGACAUGUUCCUCCUGAAGCGAGAGGGGAAAGACGGCCAAGAGAAGUGGACCUGGUCCAGAGUAAGCCCCUCUGGGAACAAGCCUCCUCCCCGCUCCGGCUUUUCGUUCGCAGUGGGCUCAGCAGGGCGAGCGGUGCUGUUUGGUGGCGUUCGUGACGAGGAAGAGGAUGAGUCUUUGGAGGGAGAUUUCUACAAUGAUCUUUACCUGUACGAUACAACGAAGAACCGCUGGUUCCCAGGACAACUCAGGGGAAACAAGUCAGAGAAGAAGAAAAGACGGAGGGGGCAGAAGGGUGAAGCAGAGGAGGAGGGUGAAGCAGGGGAGGAGGAGGAGGCGGAGAAACCUCAAGCGCCCACAGAGAUUGUCAAAGAGAUCGUCUCCGAGGACGGAACAGUGAUGACCAUCAAGGAAGUGGUCCCUGGAGCUCAGGAGGAGGAGCCUGAGGAAGAGCCGAAGGAGGAGGAGGAGGAUGACUCAGCUCCCUUGGUGGAGCCAUGCCCGAGGUCCAACGCCAUGGCCACAGCCAGUCAGGGUAAGCUCUUCAUCUACGGGGGGAUGUUCGAGGUCGGAGACCGCCAGUUCACUCUGAAUGACCUCUACAGCCUGGACCUCCAUAAGAUGGACCAGUGGGAGGUUCUAGUGGAAAUAGACCCAAAGGCCCAGGAGUGGCUGGAAGAGUCUGAGUCAGAGGACGAUGAUGAGGAGGAAGAAGAGGCAAAGGGAGCAGAAGGAGAGGAAGAGUCAGAGGAGGAAUGCGAAGAUGAGGAGGACAGUAAGGAUGGAGAAGACCAUCCUGCAGUGAAGGAGGAGGAGACAGUAACUGAUUACCAGAAUCGAACAGAGGGGUACUGGAUAGGACUGGCCCGGGCCAACAUGGGCCCAGACGUCAAGGACAAAAAAGUUGCCAAGGUCGCCCUUGCUAUGGCUAAAGUCUUCUAUGAGGACAAGUAAUGGGAUUACCAAUUCUUUGAGUGACUGUGAGUGUGAGUGUGAGUGUGUGUGUGUGUGUGUGUGUGAGUGUGAGUGUGUGUGUGUGUGUGUGUGUGUGUGGGGGGGGGGUUUCAUUUGUUGUCAAAAUUAUGAAUCCUGUAAUUUAAACUGUCCUGCAAAAUAAUACACAAAUCCUGUGAAGUUACAGAGAAGCUUAAAAUGAAAACCAAAAAACAUCUUCCAACUGAAACUGGUACUCUGAGUGUUUUAUAUUUGUACCUGUAUCACUGCUGUCUUGUCUUGGAGCAACAUUUUCUACAGGUGAGUCAUAAAGAGCAUUUGUCUUUGCUUUAAACUGAUGGACUGAAGGCUCUUUCUUCCUCACAUUUUAUAAAACUUGCAGAAUGCCUUACCAGCCUCCUUCUUUGGCUGUUUGAUUUGAGAACAGAAAUACAAAACUUAUAUGAAGUUGAUUUUGUAUCAUAUUGUAAGGCAUUUAAGAAGAAGCAUGGAAUGGUCAUUUCUUCAUCUCAAACAAAAUAACAGUGGUGUGUUUUCUACAACAAAACUUGUCUCAAUAACUCGUCAUGUGUCCUUGAGAAUAAAUUACAGCUUGACGAC